AUGGUGACUAAAACUGCCGUUGCUCUGCUCGCAGCGGCUUUCCAGCUCGCUUUUUCUGCACCUCUCACUGGCAGCGGCUCGGAGCUUCGCCUCGUCAAGACGUCGGAACAUGACGCUGGACAGUGGGUGACUGAGCAAGAGAAAUUCGACAAAUUCACCUCCAAGAACAUUGGUUUCAUUGAUAUCACUGAUAUCAAAGACGAAGAAGUCCUAUCCAUUCUAUCUAAGUCACCUUCUGAUACAUCUCUCGCCGCUCGUGCGGUUGUAUACCCAACCAGUGUCGCACAUGUAGCCGAAGCAAAUGCACUCAUCGCAAAUGUAUCUACAGCCGGUCCGCAAUCUUGGCUGACGACAUUCACUGGGUUUACCACGCGCCAUUACCGCUCGACUACUGGCACGCAGGCCUCGGCUUGGCUGUUCGACCAAGUCUCCAGCAUUGCUGCCGCGAGGCCUGAAAUCACUGUGCAGAGAUUCACUCAUACAUGGAAUCAGCCUUCGAUCAUUGCUCGGCUGCCCGGACGAACUUCUGAUCUUAUCAUCGUCGGUGCUCACUUGGACUCAACCGCCGGCUCAACGACAGCCCGCAGUCCAGGCGCAGACGACAACGGCUCUGGGACUGUCACCAUAUUGGAGGCCCUCCGCGUUAUUGCCCAGUCAGACUUUACCCCCAAGAACACUAUUGAGUUUCAUUGGUAUGCCGGCGAGGAGGGAGGACUUCUCGGUUCCCAGGCAAUCUUUGCCAACUACAAGUCCACUCAGAAGACUGUGCUUGCUAUGCUUAAUCAGGACAUGACUGGCUUCUCGCCAAGCAACCAGUUGGCCGUCUAUACCGACAACGUCGAUGCGGCUCUGACCCAAUAUGUCAGAGUCAUUGCUACUCAGUAUACGGGUGCCGCGCCUCUUACCACUCGAUGUGGCUACGGCUGCUCCGACCACGCAAGCGCUCGAUCAAAUGGCUUUCCGUCUGCUUUUGUCAACGAAGAUACUUUCGAGAGGUCCAAUCCCAGCAUCCAUAGCGCUGCAGACUCGCUCGAGAAGAUUCAGUGGCCAGCAGUCCUCCGUCAUGCCAAAUUCACCGUGGGAUUCAUUGUCGAAGCCUCGUAUCUCUGA